AUGGCCAACCAACCAAUAAGUGAUUCCGAGGACUUACAAGGUAAAGAGCAGUGUGAUGAUUCUCAUUGUGAGCCUACUGAUGAUUUGCAUGUAGUGAAUGAAAUUGAAAACAAUGUUGAGGCAAUUGAAGAGGUCAUACUUGGAAAAGAGUUUAUGGAUGUUGAGAGUGCAUAUAAGUUCUAUAAGAAUUAUGGUGGCAAACAUGGAUUCAAUGUGAGGAUAAGAAACAGUAGAUAUUCAUGGGGAUUCCGUUUUCGAGAAAAGGACAAGCGUCGUACAAAUGCAUCUUAUUCUCAACCAGUUACAAGAUGUGGUUGUCAAGCGCAUCUGACCAUCCUACUGCAGAAGAAUGGAAAUUUUCAGGUUGUCUCAUUUCAGAAAAGUCAUAAUCAUGCCUUGAUUAGUACUCCAAUGAAGCAUUUGCUUAAGGUCAAUAGAAGUAUAUCUGAGGCACAAAAAACACAUGCAGAUGAUGCUGAACAUUCUGGUUUCUCUAUAAAAGCAACUGUGGAGUUGAUGAGUAGAGAAGUAGGAGGGGCAGAGAACCUUGGAUUUUCACAGAAGGAUUACAUGAAUUACAUACAUAGAAAGCGAAUGUCUAAAAUGGAAAAAGGAGAUGCAGGUGCUAUAUUGCAGUACUUUCAAAAGAUGCAAUCUGAGAAUUCGUCAUAUUUUUAUUCAAUCCAACUUGAUGAGGAUGACAUGAUCACAAACAUAUUUUGGGCUGAUGCUCGAUCGGUAAGUGAUUACGGGCUUUUUGAAGAUGUGCUUUGUUUUGAUACAACAUACAGAACAAAUCAAUAUGGUCGACCCUUUGCACCGUUUGUUGGGGUUAAUCAUCAUAAGCAAACAACAUUGUUUAGUGCGGCUUUGUUAUAUGAUGAAACAACCAAAUCUUUUAGGUGGUUAUUUGAGACAUUCCUCUCUGCUAUGUCUGGUAAGCAACCAAUAACCAUUCUUACUGAUCAGUCUGUUGCCAUGGCUAGAGCAAUAAAAGAUGUUUUUCCACAAGCUACUCAUCGCUUAUGUGUUUGGCAUCUUUAUCAAAAUGCUGCUAAGAAUCUCAGUCAUGUCUUUCAUGGAUCUUCAGAAUUUGUUGAUGAUUUUAGCAAUUGUAUGUAUGACUAUGAGUUUGAGCAUGAGUGGCUAUUAGCAUGGAAUGAUAUGCUUGAGAAAUAUAGCAUCAAGGAGACAUACUUUCACUGCCGAUAUGAAAAGCACACAAUGAAGUGA